GUAGUUCACAACGGAAUCCACAUUUAAUUCAACCUCACCAAAUACGCAAAAUAAAAUGCCUUCUGCAUGAUUUUUUUUUUUUGUGACAUUCCUUGAGUCACCGACUUAUGUUAUGUGAGCAAAAGGGAAAUUGAUUCUUUCAUUUUUUUAACAACAACGGAAUGGAAACAAUAACCCCUGAACCUGGUAAUUCAGCAUUGGAUUCAAAUCAUGAUUUGGUUACUAAACCACAAGUUGUUGUUCAAGAUGAUGCAGCUUUGAAAGACAGCACUGAAGCGGAACUCACCAAAAUCAGCCUCAUGAGAGCUCUUGUUGAAAGCCGCGACCCCUCUUCUAAGGAAGUAGAUGAUUUGAUGAUUAGAAGAUUCUUGCGAGCUCGUGAUUUGGAUGUAGACAAGGCUUCAGCUAUGUUUCUCAAGUAUUUGAAAUGGAAACAUUCAUUUGUUCCAAAUGGUUCUGUUUCCCUUUCAGAGAUUCCUGAUGAUAUUGCACAAGAAAAGAUGUAUGUGCAAGGAGUGGACAAAAAGGGUCGACCUAUAACUGUUGCCUUUGCUGCUAAACAUUUUCAAAACAAAACUGCUGUGGAUGCAUUCAAACGGUAUGUAGUUUUUGCUCUUGAUAAACUGUGUUCAAGGAUGCCACCAGGGGAAGAAAAGUUUCUUGCUAUUGCAGAUAUUAAGGGAUGGGGAUAUGCAAACAGUGACCUUCGUGGAUACCUUAGUGCUCUAACUAUUUUACAGGAUUACUAUCCAGAGAGAUUGGGAAAGUUGUUCAUAGUCCAUGCACCAUACAUGUUUAUGAAAGUAUGGAAAAUUGUUUAUCCUUUCAUUGAUGACAAUACGAAGAGGAAGAUUGUAUUUGUAGAUAACAAGAAGCUGAAAUCAACAUUGCUUGAAGAGAUUGAUGAGAGUCAGAUCCCAGAGAUAUAUGGAGGCCAACUUCAAUUAGUUCCGGUCCAAAAUUCGUGAUUAAAUUAUCACAUAAACAAAUAAGGACAGGCAUGAACAAAUAAAAAAAAUUAUUUUUAUGUGAUAGUUGGAUUAUGUGGAACACUUCGAUAUAUGUGGAACACUUCGAUAUAUGUGGACCAGUGUAUACAAGUGGUAUUUUUAAAUAUUAGUCUACGUCACAUAUUAAAAAUUAUUAUAGUAUAAAUUAUUCACGAUAUUUUCAUGUCA